AUCUUCCCUACCUUUGUGUGCUCACAUUUCAUCUUUAGAGACAAAGAAGAAUGCCUCUCUACAUCUCAGCAGUCCUUUGUCUUGUCAUCCUGGGCAGCGCCGCUGUAGCACAGGUGAGAUGGUGUACACACAAUGCACCAGAGAAGAGAAAAUGUGAUGCCUGGAGUUCUGUAAGUGGAGAGGCCAUAACAUGUAUAGCAGCUCUGUCUGUGGAACACUGUGUUCAGCUGAUAAUGGCAGAAAAAGCUGAUGCUGUGACACUACAUGCAGGACGUUUGCACCUAGCAGUAUGCACUGGCCUAGUACCGGUAAUGGCUGAGUACUAUAACAAGGAUAACUUAAAACCUUGCAAAACACAACAUAAUCAAGAUGAUCUCCUGAAGGACACUUACUACAUUGUUGCAGUCGUAAUGAAAAAGAACACAGACAUAUCAUGGGACGCUCUUAGAGGUAUCGAUUUUCCAUCCUAUGACAUCACUGAAAAUCUCUGUAGACUAUACAGAAAUGAUCACCUGAAGAAACUGUCUACUGAGUCCCAUAUGGUUUGUACUUCUGGAGAUAAAGAGAAUCAUCAAGACUUUACUGCAGCUUUUAGGUGUCUAGUGGAAAUGGGAGGUGUGGCUGUUGCAAAGCAUAGUACUGUAUUUGAGAACACAGACGGUAAUAACCUUGAAAAUUGGGCAAAAGACCUGAAAUCUGGCGAUUUUGAGUUGUUGUGUCCUGAUGGCUCACGUGUCCCUGUCAGUGAAUACAAGAAGUGCAAUAUUGCGGAGCUUCCACCUGGCAUUAUUUUCACUCUGCCUAAAAAUGGGGACUUUGUUGCAGGAAUUCUGAAAAAUCAACAGUCAUUGUAUGGAAGAAAUGCAUUCCAAAGGCACAUAUUUCAGAUGUUUGAGUCCACAGGAGACCAUGAUCUCCUCUUCGGCGAUGACACAAAAUGCUUGGUGGAAAUCGGGCAGAAAAUCACACUAAAGGAAUAUCUUGGAGAAAAAUAUCCUGCUAUAUUACGCAUUUGAUCAGUAAAUUCCCAAACUUUAAGAAAUCUGCAUACCAUCAUCAAAAUCAUUGUAUUCUUUAUUAACCACCUGUUAAACUAAAAACUACCCAUCACACCGUUACAGCGAUCCAAGAGUUACAUUAGAUGUCAUUGCAAAGUCUUAAAUGAUGACUUGUCCACAAAUUCACACUUUCCUCUGCCUACAUGAGGAUUCUUUAAUAACUUUCAUUCACCUUCCAACACAUUGCAGCAAACUCAUUUAGCAUGAUGCCUAUAUCAGAAUGCUCCAUUUUGUGCCUGCCAGUAGUAGCCAGCGUUGAGUGUGCAUAUCUACCUAAAAAUCUUUACGUCACAAAAAUUCUCAGCCCUGCAAUGUAUCAACUACAAUGAUGUACGCUGCUGGUACAUGUCUCUCAAUGUAAUAAAUUACAAAAAAAUGAAUAAAUAGUAGAAGUGUUAGAAUGUGAGAGCUAAGAGGAAAAAAAAUGAAUUGCCACUCAACAGCUCUCCCACUCAAAUAAGCCAGUUGAAAAUUACAAAUGGUGGUUGGCCAUGGAUUUGUAGAUUCAACGCUUGUACAACAGACAAAAUAAAAAAUCCAAAAUCUUAAA